CACUACAGCCAACCGAGUUGAUGGUGCUGCUUCUUCUGUCUUGGAUACAAAUAGGCGGGGACACUCACAGCUGUCACCACGUUCUCCCUCUCGCCCUUCUAAAGAUGUCUCCAGCGUCUCUGCUGUAUGUAAAGGCUACUGUACUACCCCCAGAAGCAGUAGCAAGUCAGGCACGCGCAGGCAGUUCUGUGAUUCCUCUGCCAAUGAUUGUCCUCCUGCCUUUGCCUGUAGAACCAGCAACACAAAGUUUACUUCUGAUUCCUCUGGCACUUGUCUUGCAUCUUCUGUUCUGUCCUCCACCGCUAGGACGUGUGUACCCCCUGGGCAUGCAUCACCUUCCUCGAGGUUGCCUCAGGGGUUGCAGAGCACUGAAGUUUUGGAACCCCCGAGCUCUAAUUCCUCCUCUUCCUCUUGUAGCAUUGGAUUUCCUAGAUAUGGUGCAAGUCAAGCUUUCUCUGCCUCUCUUUCUAAGUAUUCCUCUAAGGGUGGGACACCUGGGUAUUUUUAUUCCAAGCUUACCAAAUCUGUAGAUAACAAAUCUCUCGUAGCUGAAUUUGAGGCCAUUGAAAAUUCAGACGACAGCAUCCUGUGCUCCUCUGUUAAUAUUCCCCAAGUAACUUAUUCCUCCCCGUCUCAACCGGGCUAUGCGGGGAACGUUCUCUUUUUCUCCUCUGCCUCUCACCCCACGGACAUUAUGACCAUGAGCCUUCCUGCCGUGCUAACCAGUCUUUCUCCACCGCUAAAUGAAUCUGCUAUCCAGGGAGGGAGCGUGUCUCCCAUCCCUCGGAGCUCCCAAUCCCCGGCAUCCUCCCACCCGUCCCCCAGCCCCCUUUCCCAACCCGAACCCAGCCGUCAGUCCAAGUCCCCUGACCCGUUCCAGCGUUCCUUCAGCCCCCUGCCCCCUCCUCCCCCAUCCCUAGGCCGUCGAACAAGGAGCCCUAGCCCCCACCUUGGCUUUGAUCAGGGGUCUGGUGAGGAGGAUGGCCAAGACCUCAUCUUUCUGGAGUCCCCACAGGAUGAGAUUUUCGACCCACUCUUCUCCAAAGACAUCCCCCAAAGGCCCCUGCAGAGCAUCCGACCCAGCCAGCCGCCCCCUCCUGUGCCCGGUGUUGCUAGAUCUACCUCAAGCCUUCCAGGAGUGGCAGUACAAGGUGAAGGUGGAGUUGGGGUUGGCAGUGUCAGUAUGUCUCAUCUUCCUGCACAUCCAUCUCUUGCCCGUUCCUCAGCUAUCAACACAACAGGAUUGCCCAAUGCCACUCCUAAACGCCCUUCAGAAUACCGCCCUCUUGCUUCUUAUCAGGGGUUGGGGCCAGAGUACCGUCCAUUCUCUUCCCUUCAGACUAGUUUGGGUACACCAAUUGGCUGUCAGAACCCUAUGUACAAUCAGCACAAACCACCAAGCGCAAACUCACUCCCAAGUUCCACAAGGGGAGGCAGUGCUGCAGCAGCAUUUGCAUCCAGCAUGUUGUCAGGGAGUACAGACAACCAACCAAUGACAGCUGCUGCGACCAGACCAGGCCAGUAUGUGCAGUUUGAACCCCCUCUGGCUCAACCUAACAAGGCUGCAGUCUCUUCCACCCAGCCCCAGAGACCUCCAAGACUGUCACAGCGGGACUUAUUGGGGGAUUUUUCUAAGGACUUCCAAAAACUUAGUGUAAAUAGUCAGUCCAAAGCUGUGACUCUUGGGAACAAUAAUAAUACAGUAGUGAAUAACAACAAAGUAACAGACUCUAGAGGGGAGAGCAAAAAUGACACUAAUGGGCCUAGUGAAAGUAAAUGGGCAACAUUUGAUUGAUUAAACAAAAAUAUGAAAGAAAGUAAAUAAAUGAAUUCAGUCUUUACAGCAAGUUAACAUUGAAAUAUGUUCAGUGUAAACAAGUAAAGUAUCAUCCCAUUCACUUGUGGUUGUGAUAUCAGGUUUGAGGAAAAGAUAGAAGACAAAGAAGCAGUUGAGUAAAUUGCUUCACCAACUACAAUCAUAUUUUAGCACAAUUUGUUUAAAUUUGUUUGGUAUUUUAAGAAGAGAAUCUAAUAGAAGGAACGCAUGUUUAUUAUAUAGAGGAAGACAUACUUUAAGGAAAUGCAAGUUCUUCAUAUCAUUGUAAGUUUGUUAUUCUCAUUAGGUUUACUAAUCAUGAACUUUAAUUUAAAUAAAGCCAAAGAAUAAGAAAAAAAAAAAACAGUAAGUGGAAUAACUGGAAGUAUUUAUAGUUUGGGAUUUGAGUAACGCAAGCAAAUGCAGGUAUGCGAGACCAUCUUGAUAUCUCCAUAAGAAUGUUUAUUCUCACUAGGUUUACUAUUAAGCCAAAGAGUUAGAAAAAUUGUUUGGGAUUUGUCAGCAGUCAGUAUGAUUUUACAUGCAGUGAAACCAUAUUUGAAUGCCAACCGACAUUGAAUAUAUUUGAAGUGCAGGCAGUUGUUAAUGGAAAAUAUUGCUUUGAAUGAAAGAAAAGUUCUUGUGUAUUGUCAGCAUUAAACGCCUUUUAUAAAAGUAUGAAAAUCCCCAAAUAGCCACGUAAACCUUCCUUUCUUGCUUGAAAUAAAUUCAAUUAUUCAUUAUAAUUUUUGUUGCAUAUUUGAAGUUUUACAGCUGGGGUAGUUAUAUAAAAUUUAUAUUCAUAAUCUAUAUAAAUGUUAUAGAACUGUGCACUACUGAUGGACCUACUGCCAAAUAUCUCUGUAGUUUAAAAUCGCUAGACACAAAAUACCCCAAUAUGUGGGAUCAUGGUGCUUAUCCACGCACAAUUUUAGUUGGGACAGAAAGACAACUCUGUCAGGAUCUUAUAGGUGUUCAUAAUUAUUGUAAAGACCUUUUUAUAAAACCAAAAAAACAAAAAAUUUUAAAAAGUAUACUAUGUACUUGUUAAAUAGGUCACGAAUGUACAGGAAAUUUUAAUGUGUGAAUGGCAAGCAAGCAUGUAGUCUCCUGCAGAAACUCCCCAAGACAUAUUGUAGUACAGAACAAAGCCCACCUUAUCCACUAUCUGUAGGAAGAUUAUUAUUAUUUCCCCCCCCCUCUCUUUUUGUCUGUUCCUGUUCUAUUCAUAAAAUAGACUGUUUUAGUCUUGCUAAACUCAUUACAGCAUAUUAGCCAUGUAGCAUAAAAACGCAAAGAUAAAAGAUCCCAAACAGCCUAUUUGUAGUGUCAAGAAAGCAUCCUUUGUCUGUGUAGUGAAGAAGAUAAAAUUCUUAAAUACUUUGCCAAUCACUUGUUAUUAUUGAAUUAUAUAUUUAAAAGAUAUAAAACCCUAAUUAGGAAUAUGAAAUGUUUAAAAAUAUAUUUGUUACCAUCUGUUGCCUCCUGAAAUGCCAUUGUAAAUAUACCAGGCUUCUGUAGGAAUAAAAGUAGUAGACAAAAGAAAUAAAAAUAUAUACACCCAUGUGCAACUGCAGAAUGUUCGUAAGACUGUAACCCAGUGCUGCAUCAGGAAUUCUCAGUCUGCAUAAAUUAGAUGAAGACCAUUUUGCAGUUGGCAUGGGCUGGAAUUUCCACUCAUUUUAGGGCUUCAUUGUAAUUUUUCAUUCCAUUCCCAUUGGUCAUGUCUACACAAAUAUUCAUGGUGUCAGUGUUUCCAUGGUCAAGCUGAUAUGCACCAUCUCUCUAUUACUAGUGUCUCAUUGUUAUUUUCCUAUGAUAAAUAUAUUUAUCAAUAAAUCCA